AUGAGGGAGGAGGCAGUGAAGAAUUGGGAGAAGAAGAAGAAGAAGAAGUGUUCUUCACCGAAAGGAGUUGGGGAGUUUCUGAAAAAGAAGAAAGGAAAGUGGUGGGUACAAAUGGUGCUGAAGGUUCCAUGGAGUUGCGGUGGAAUCGGUGAUCUGUGCCUUUCAGCAUGUAGUUCUUCCCAUAGGAAGCCUUAUAGUUGA